GAAGAGAGGCCACCGGCCUUCCCUUCCUUCCCCACUCUUACCCCCCUCCCGUAGCCAUGAAAUCCCGGCGGGACAAGCUGAACAUCCCGGCCCUGACCUUGGAUUUGUCGCCAAGUAACCAGAGCCCGACCCUGCUGAGCCCAUGCAGUCCAGCUAGCCCCUGCAGCCCAUUACUGACCCUGCACCCCUGGAGCUGCCGCAGUGGCAACAGGAAAAGCCUGGUGGUGGGGACGCCCUCGCCCACCCUCUCUCGACCUCUGUCCCCGCUCUCCGUGCCCACGGCCGGCAGCAGCCCCUUGGACAGUCCCCGGAACUUCUCGGCCAGCACAGCUGUGAACUUCCCCUUUGCACGAAGUCACGGCCCCCGGACUGACAGGGCUGAUGGCCGGAGAUGGUCACUUGCUUCUCUCCCUUCCUCUGGCUAUGGGACCAACACGCCCAGCUCUACUGUUUCGUCCUCCUCAUCCUCCCGAGAACGGUUGCACCAGCUACCAUACCAGCCAACGCCAGAUGAGCUCCACUUUCUUUCCAAGCACUUUCGCAGCUCGGAGAGCAUUGUGGAUGAGGAUGGGGGCCGCCGCUCACCCUGCAUGCGGCCUCGCUCCCGCAGCCUCAGCCCCGGGCGAACCUCAGGAGCCUUUGACAGUGACAUUGUCAUGAUGAAUCAUGUCUACAAGGAGCGAUUCCCCAAGGCCACUGCCCAGAUGGAGGAGCGCCUGCAGGACAUCAUCACCACCUUCUCUCCCUCCAACACCCUGGCCCUGGCUGACGGCGUCCUGAGCUUCAUUCACCACCAGAUAGUGGAGCUGGCUCGGGACUGCUUGGCGAAGGCUCGGGAGGACCUGGUCACCUCCCGCUACUUCUUGGAGCUUCAGGAAAAGUUAGAGAAGAUGCUGCAGGAUGCCCAUGAACGCUCAGAGAGCCAGGAGGUCACCUUCAUUGGCCAGCUUGUUCGAAAGCUCUUAAUUGUCAUCUCACGCCCGGCUCGUCUCUUGGAAUGCCUGGAAUUUGAUCCUGAAGAGUUCUACCACCUGCUGGAAGCGGCAGAAGGGCAUGCCCGAGCGGGUCAAGGCAUCAAGACAGACAUUCCUCGAUACAUCAUUGGUCAGCUGGGCCUCACCAAGGACCCUCUGGAGGAGAUGGUGCAGCUGGAUUCUCCGGAUGCCGGCUCCUCGACUGCACCUGAGGCCGGAGACCCACCGGAGAACCGAUCUCUCCCCGUCCCCUCCCGGAGGAAACCCUGCGAGAGUGACUUUGAGACCAUCAAGCUGAUCAGCAAUGGGGCAUAUGGGGCUGUGUACCUGGUCAGGCACCGGGAGACCCGCCAGCGCUUCGCUAUCAAAAAGAUCAACAAGCAGAACUUAGUGCUCCGGAACCAGAUCCAGCAAGUGUUUGUGGAGCGGGACAUCCUCACCUUUGCCGAGAACCCCUUUGUCGUCAGCAUGUUCUGCUCCUUUGAGACCCGCAGGCACCUCUGCAUGGUCAUGGAGUAUGUGGAAGGUGGGGACUGCGCCACGCUGCUGAAGAAUAUGGGUCCCCUCCCCGUGGACAUGGCCCGGAUGUACUUCGCAGAGACUGUCCUGGCUUUGGAGUAUCUGCACAACUAUGGCAUUGUGCACCGGGACCUUAAGCCAGACAACCUCUUAAUCACGUCCUUGGGCCACAUCAAGCUGACCGACUUUGGGCUGUCCAAGAUAGGGCUGAUGAGCAUGACCACAAAUCUGUAUGAGGGCCACAUUGAGAAGGACGCCCGCGAAUUUGUGGACAAGCAAGUCUGCGGGACCCCCGAGUACAUCGCACCUGAAGUGAUCUUCCGACAAGGCUACGGGAAGCCAGUGGACUGGUGGGCCAUGGGCGUCAUCCUCUAUGAAUUUCUCGUGGGCUGCGUCCCGUUCUUCGGCGACACCCCCGAGGAGCUCUUUGGCCAGGUCAUCAGCGAUGACAUCAUCUGGCCAGAUGGAGACGAGGCGCUGCCCACGGAUGCUCAGGACCUGAUCACAAAGCUGCUGAGGCAGAGUCCCCUGGACCGAUUAGGCACUGGUGGUGCCUACGAGGUAAAGCAGCACCCCUUCUUCCACAACCUCGACUGGACGGGUCUCCUGCGGCAAAAGGCAGAAUUCAUCCCACAGCUGGAGGCGGAAGAUGAUACCAGCUACUUUGACACUCGUUCGGAACGAUACCGCCACUUGGGCUCAGAGGACGACGAGACAAAUGAUGAGGAGUCCUCUACUGAAAUCCCCCAGUUUUCUUCCUGUUCUCACCGGUUCAGUAAGGUUUAUAGCAGUUCCGAAUUCCUGGCUGUUCAGUCAAACCUGAGCUUUUCCGACAGAAGCUGCAGUGAAGACAAGGAAGAAAGAUCGGACAGGUGGGAUCGGGGUGCGGCAGAGGAAGAGAAGACCCGCCCUUUGAGCACAGAAGUCAGGCUGAGGUCCUGGACAUCCUCUGGCUCGCUGCGGCACUCCUCCUCCUCCUCCUCCCAGCCUGAGAGGAGCCAGAGCCCCUCAUCCCUGAGCACCACCUACAGCCUGGACCCCAUGCCCAAGUUUGCCUUCUCCUCCGAGGACGAAGGCUCUAGCCAGGGACCUCUGAAGCCAGAGAGGCCAAUUUUCGUGUUAGGGGAACCCGAGGAACCAGUGAAAGAGACGACCAAAGCGUCUGCCCUCACAGCUGACGGUUCAAGCCUCAGCCACGUCCGAUUACGGAGCAAUAGCACCGGAGCAAAGAACUCCACGCCUCGAGGCCUGGAAGGCGGGGGGAGCCGGCGCCUCGGCAGCCAGAAAGAAACACCUGAGAAGCAGAAGACGUCCCCCGGCGGGGGCCGGGUGCCCAAAUCGGCCUCGGUCUCAGCCCUUUCCCUCGUCAUCACUUCAGAUGACUGCAGUAGUGGGGCCCUCAUGAGUCCCAUCUCUCCCCAUUCCCUCUCCUCCAACCCCUCCUCCCGGGACUCCUCCCCAAGCCGAGACUCCUCCAUUGGCAUCACCAACCUGCGGCCGCCCAUCAUCAUCCACAGCUCCGGCAAGAAGUUUGGCUUUAGCCUGAGGGCCAUCCGUGUCUACAUGGGCGACAGCGAUGUCUACACGGUGCACCACGUGGUCUGGAGCGUGGAGGAAGGGAGCCCUGCUCAUGAGGCUGGACUGCGGGCGGGAGACCUCAUCACACACAUCAACGGAGAGUCUGUGCUUGGACUGGUUCACAUGGACGUCGUGGAGCUGCUGCUGAAGAGCAACAGUAAGAUCUCCCUUAGAACCACCGCCCUGGAGAACACCUCCAUCAAGGUUGGCCCAGCCCGGAAACACAGCAACAAAGGCCGCAUGGCCCGCCGGAGCAAGAAGAGCAGGAAACGGGAGAAUCAGGACAGGAGGAAGUCUCUCUUUAAAAAGAUCUCCAAGCAGUCAACGAUGCUGCACACGAGUCGAAGUUUCUCUUCUGGGCUCCACCACUCCCUGUCUUCCAGUGAGAGCCUUCCUGGCUCUCCUACCCACAGCCUGUCCCCCGGACCAGCCACCCCCUGCCGCAGCCCUGCUCCUGAUGCCCCGCCAGAUACUGCAUCUCCACAGAGCACUUCGCCGUCCUCCAGCACUCCCACCUCCCCAGCGGGCCACAUCCGGCCUAGCUCCCUGCAUGGGCUGGCCUCCAAGCUGGGGGCCCCGCGAUAUAAAGUCGGUCGCCGGAAGUCAACGAGCAGCAUCCCUCCAUCCCCGCUGGCCUGUACUCCCUCCCCGGGACCCCAGCCCCCGUCACCGCAGAGAUCUCCAUCUCCUUUACCAGGUUACCCCAAAAACCUCUAUGCCUUCCAGGGUAAGACCUUGUCCCCCCCGAUGAUCACCAGGCAGACUUCUCGGCCGCGGAGUGCCGAGACCCCCCGAUCUCCUCUCCUGAAGCGAGGGCAGUCUGCUGACAAAAUUGCCCCCUCCUUGGUGGAAAAGAAGCCAUUGGGGGGCCGUAAGCUCACCCUUGAAAUGCCGGCAGGAGACGGGGAUGGCCUCGAGGAGACAUCCAUGCAGGCCGUCUCAGGGGCCGGCAGCGGUGGUCCCGGAGACCACGGCCGGGCGAGCCGGGGGAGAGACUGGGCCGCAGACCGUCAGGAGCGGGAUCAGGAGGUCGUGGUCAUGCGGCGCCUGAACCUCUCAGAGCGCCGAGACUCGUUCAAAAAACAAGAGGCUGUCCAGGAGGUGAGCUUUGAUGAACCCGAGCCCGGGGGCUUGGGGGACGAGGGCUCCUGCAGGCAGGAGGGCCAGGCGGAGCCGAGGGGGCCCGUCCCCCAGAUCGCUGUGCAGGGCUUGGAGGGCGAGGUGCACGAGCCAGGCUCGGCAGAGUGGGAAUGUCAGGGCUCUUAUCCUCCCCUCCAGCUGCUGGCCAAGGUCUACACCGAGCAGACGGACGGGACCAAGGCAGUCGAGUACAAGAGUCUCUCAUCCCAGCGGCGGAAUAGCAGGGACCUCCGGGACUUGGGCUCGGGGCAGCAGCCCCCCAGGGCGGGCCGAGCCCUUCGGGGCCCCCUGCAGGCCACCAAGUCUCUGCCCAUCCUUCAGCUCUCGGGAGGCCAGGAGCGGGCAGGACCUGACCCUCGAGCUCCCCGAGCCAGUCCCAGAGAUGCGAAGAAGAAGGACGGGGACCGGCGCUAGAAGCCACGCCCGAGGUGGGAAGUCACAGGAAGCGGAGCCUGCCCACCUAUCCCAUCGGGGCUUCCAGGCCUCCGCGCCCCGGCGAGGACCCCCCCCCCCACCCCUGCCCAUCCCACCCACUCUGCAUCUGCCUCUCAGAUCUGAGUCAAGUCGAUGCAUGCGUCCUCGUGACAGGGUGCGGGAGAAAGGAAACUCGCCACCUUCCAAAAGCCACGAACCUCAGGAAGAGCAAGCCUUCAGGAUGUGCCCGUUUGGGAGGGGGAAACAAAAAAGCAGAAAACACCAGACCCAGUGCAAGGAAACCACGGACCUGAACACAAACCACCACCACAAGUUUUUUUUUCUAUGAACUGGAAAGAAGUCUCCUUAUUUUUGUAGCGUGCAGGUGCUGUGGGUGAGAGAAGGCCUUUCCUCGGCCGGUCGGGCACUUUUGUAAAUAGCCGCGGAGGCAGAUCCCUACAAUUAAUUUAUUACUUUUAUAAGCUAAGAUGAGACUUGAGCACAGAGCUUCCGUGAAGGCACCUUGACCCAGGGGUGCUGUUUCCUCACCCACGUGUGAGAAACCCUCUGGAUCACUCCUGUCCGGGGCUUUUCUAUUUUUUUGGGUGGGAGGGGGGAGGGUUUGGUUUUUAACUCUGGCCUCAAACAGUAGCGUUGUCCCAGUGCCCAGGGGCCCAGCGAGGGCUCAUGGUGCCCCACAUCUGGCUGUGACGGAGUUGGGGAAGGGCUGGAUGCUGCACAGCUGUCUCCGUCCCGCUGUCACCCACCUGCUGUAGGCGAGAGGGGAAGGGGGUUCUUUCUGCUGAAGUCAGAAAUCUGUUCCCCGGUCCUGCUCAAGGGUGGGUGGAAGGUCUGUCUAGCCAAAGGUGUUUGGAUCAGGCUGUAUGAUUCAGAUGCAAUAGAACAACCCCCUGCCCCCCUAAAAAGCACCCAGUUUUCUCUUUUGGUGAGAUGCCCACCCACCCCACCCCCAGUCCCAUCCACAUGUACACUUGCAGCAGAAAUGGCAGAACUGCAAACUUCCCCUAAACUGUUUGUCACGGACUGUAGCUGCUAAUUGCAGGCCCCUUCUCUAUGUUCAGUGACCUUAAAGAAGGAAAGGUUAGGGCUAGAAGGA